AAAUAUUGUUUUAUAUAUGUUAUUUUUUUUAAUUUUACUAAUACAAAAUAAGAUAAACUAAAAAUUUUAAAACUGUAGUUAUUGUAAUAUCUGGAUUCUUUACAGAAAUUUUAAAUAUCUAUCUUUACUGACCAAAUCAUUUAAGUUGAUGGCCUUCGAGCGAGGCUUCGAUUAACAUAUUUCUCAACUUUGUUUGCAACCUACGAAUACCUACUCAAGAAUUUGAGAACUUUACUGUAAAAUAAACCGUGGGUGUAACUUUCGUAAUUGCAAGGUUCUGCGGUCUAGUCUAGUUCAUUUUAAUUAAUUUUGGAGUUCACUGUCACAAAGUUAUUGUGACAAAAGUUUUAUUAAUUUACAUAAUUGAGCAUUACCAUAAAUCACUGUGCUAUAUGCUGUUGUGUUAUCUUUGAUUUGUGUUUUAAAUUAGUGCCGUGAGUGAAUUUCAUACUCUCACCUAAACAAAACUAAGUGAAAAUGCCAAGAAAACUGCUGAAGUUCCUCAUAGUGUUUGACAACACAUCACUGCUAUAUUUUCCUGGUCAAUUUCUCUCAGGAAAAGUAUUGAUGGAAUUGCAAGAUGACACACCUGUAUUAGGUCUUCAUUUCCAUGUUGUUGGUGAAGGUGUUGUUAGAGUUGGUAAUGGCCGUCAUGAGAGGCUCUUUGAUAAGGAAAACUACAUUGAUUUCAGGAUGAGACUGCUUGGAGAACCAGGUCAUGGCACUUCAAUCCUUUCGCCAGGUAUUCACAGUUUCCCAUUCAAGUUGGGCCUACCAAUGGGGCUGCCGUCCACAUUCCUCGGCACUCAUGGUUGGGUUCAGUACUAUUGUAAAGCAGCUUUAAGAGAACCCAAUGGCUUAACACAUAAAAACCAACAAGUGUUCAUAGUAAUGAACCCAAUUGAUUUGAAUCUGGAACCACCUGUGUUAGCUCACCAGUUGGAGUGCAGCGUGGAGCACCGUCUGGGCGUGGGGUGCGUGGGCGGGGGCGCGGUGGUGUGCCGCGUGUCGCUGCAGCGCGGCGCGUUCGUGCCGGGCGAGUCCAUCGCGCUCGACGCGCUGCUCGUCAACAACUCGCGCACCACCAUCAAGUGCACCCGCGCCGCGCUCACUGAGACUAUCCAGUACUCGGCGCACGGCAAAGUGGCGGCGAAGGAGGUGCGCGAGCUGGCGUCGCUCACCCGCGGCAAAGUGCGCGGCGGACAGCGCGACGAGUGGCGCGGCGAGCUGCUGUACGUGCCGCCGCUGCCGCCCACCAACCUGCGCGGCUGCCACCUCAUCGCCGUGCAGUACGACGUCUUCUUCAUAAUAGAACCCAAGAGCCUGGAUAAAGAGGUAAAAUUGCAAUUACCGAUCCUGCUGGGCACGUAUCCGUUCAGAGACGAGAACGACGACCCUCCGCAUCCUCCCACGCACUACCCGAGCACGCUGCCAAUAUUCCGACCGUGGCUGCACGAGAAACCAGCGCACUGACAGCAAGAUUCACCACUUUACGCUCCCAGUUUUUUAUCCAACUGACGUUAUCAUGGGAGAAACAUCAAAAUGGUGUAUCAUAGGUAAUUAAAUUGACAAGUAAUUAUAUUUAUUCAUAUUAUUCACCGAUUUUUAGAAAGGAGGUUUUUAAUUGGGUGGUCUUUUUUUAAAUAUGAUGGUAAUGCGAUGUCUUCGACCAAUCGAGAACUUAUCAUUUUAAAUGACAGCAUAUAUUUUUUUAAUGGAUGAUAAUGAAAUGGUGUACCCGAAUUAUAUUUAUUCAUAUUCUUAACCAAAUUUAUACGACGAUAUUUUUUUAAAUAUGGUCGCAAUCCGACAUCUUUUU